AUGCCGGGGGCUAAAGACAAGGAUGCUCCUUUGCCAGUGGUUCCAGCCUGGCUGAAAAGGAAAGGGGAUGAAGCCAUCUAUGAUGAUAUCCGGUCGAAUCCUGCUUGCACGGCCAGAGCAAGAACGGGGUCAGUCAUCGCCUUCCCCGUGAAGGUGGGUGACAUCAAUGAGAAGACAGUGAAGUGCAACAAUGACCUUCUUAACCUGUAUGCCUGGUUUGUCAAGAAAUACCCGGGUCUCUACAGAUCGGUUUCAUUGCACAGGGGUGUGUUGUCUGACUGUGCAAAGUAUUGGAAAACCCGUCCGGAUGAUGAAGCCUUUGACUACAAGAAGUGGAAGCCAGAUGGCAAGUGUAUCAAGUCAUUGGUGUUGUGCCUUCGCCGGCUUCGCUUCCGAUCAAAGAACCAGAGGGAUGUGGAUGAUGAGAUGUUUGGCACCCCAGAGCGGGACGAGGGCUCAGAGCCCGACGAUAUGGAUGAUUGUGGUGAGGAUGCCGAGGAGGAGGCCGAGGGGCAGGAGCCGGCUGAUGAAGAGUUGGAGCCCUUGCCUGAGUCGCCUGGUCCGGGCUUCGACCCUGAGAAAUAUGCGGAGGAGCUCUCACCUGCUGGUGUGGCAGAGAUUUGUUCCAGCCCCGAGGUGGCUCCAGCCAGCUCGUCUCAUGAGACCAGUGGGGCUGUGGAUGCAAAGGACAAGAAGGCGGAGCUGCAGGAACGAUUGCGAGACUUGAAGCAGAAGAUGGCGCUCAAGCGCCAGGAGACGCAAGUCGUGCCGCCGGACUUGUUGGACCGAGCUGUGGAGAAGCUGAGGGCCUUGCCCUCGUCUGAGGUGCAACAGUCGUGA